AUGGACAUUUCCGACUCAAGGUCCUCUGACGGCGAGCAAAAUGGCGAUACCUCCAGCAGGCGCAAAUCCGGACGUGCAGUGAGGAAACCACAACUUUUCUCCCAGGAUGUCCACAGUUUAGGUGCCAACACCGCCGAGAAAAGAAAGCGGACUGGACAGAAUGAAGAUGAGGAAAAUGGCGACGAGGAAAACGAAGAAGACUCCGAGCCAGAAGACGAUUCCGAAGACGAAGAUCCAGACGAGGAGGAAGAGAAAGAGCGCAGAAGAGCGGCGCGGAGAGCAGCGAAUAAACGCAGACAAAACCCACAAAGCAAUGCGAAAUCAUCGUCGUCGCGCGCCACUAAAAAAGCAAAGACCAAAAACGCAGGCAAAUCACUUGCAAUACGCCCAGCAACCAACGGCAAGCAAAAGAAGAAAGCGGCUUCAAAAAAGAGAACUGCUCCACCGAGACCAAUCUUCCAUGCUACUUCAGAAGGUCUAUUUGCCGAUAUUUUCGACCGAGGGAAAGACGCCGAAACCGUUGUGGAGGAAUGGUUGUCCAAAUACGAAAAAGACCCGGUCGAGGGCCUACGCACGCUAUUCAACAUGUUCCUUCAGUGUACAGGUGCUGACUUGUCCGUGGACACUGCGGAUGUGACGGACGAGGACCAUUGGCCCCAGCGUAUACAAGACCUGCAAGAGGCUCAUCUCGAUACCGAGCCUUCGGAUUAUCCACUUAUAUCUAAGGACAAGAGGUUUCGCAACUUCCGAGCCAUCAUCGUGGACUUUUGCGAUACCUGGGUUGAAAGUCUCCACCGCUCCUCCCUGCUGUAUAAUUCAUUUGCUCCUGGCCUAAAGGCUGAGAUAUGGCUCAAUAUAAUGUCUAGCUCUGGUAAUAGAGCUUUCAGACAUACGGCGACUAUAUUCUCCAUAUCAAUCACCACCGCCUUGUGUGAUAUUGCUGAAGAGGUAGCCUCUGCAAUUUCUACCUCUCGCAAGCAACUGGAAGGCGAGAAGAGGAAGAAGCAGGCGAACAAAGGCAGGAUCACUACCAUCCAAAAUACAAUUCAAGAGAACGAAGAAAAAUUAGAGGCAAUAGAAACCCUUCUCAAAGAGGCUUUCGACACUAUGUGGGUGCAUCGGUACCGGGAUGUCGACUACAAAAUUCGCAGUGAAUGCUUCCUUGGUUUAGCUCGAUGGAUCCAGACGCACAGAGAAAUGUUUUUCGACCCCCAGUACGUGCGAUAUCUCGGUUGGGGUCUCUCGGACUCGGUUACUCAGGUCCGUGCAGCUGUGGUUUCGCAACUUCGCCAAAUUUAUGAAAUCAAGAUUAGCAUCGCUACUCUUCGGACUUUCACCGGUCGAUUUCUCCGUCGGCUAGUUGAGAUGGCUCUUAGGGACACCGACAGCAAUGUGCGCGCCUCAACUGUGGAAUUGCUCGGGUUCAUUAGAAACCAGGGGUUGAUGGAAAACGCCGAAAUCGAUCAAGUUGGCCAACUAGUGUUCGAUGCAGAACCUCGUAUUCGUAAAGCAGCCGGCCGUUUCUUCGCUGCAAAUCUUGAAGAAAUCUUUGAGACUCAUACUGAGGAAAUGGCAGAGGACAUCAAUGAAACCUUUGGCGAGGAAGAGGACGAAGACGAUUUCGAGUCUCCUAAGAGAUCCUGGAUCAAAUACAAAUGUCUCGCCGAUAUCCUUCAAUCCUAUGACGGACAAAGGGAUGAACAGGCGGUAGAGCGUCAACAUUUGAGCACCGUUGAGGCUUUGUCGGGCGCACCAGUAGAAUCACGUUUCUUUCUUGCGACUGAAGCAAUUUAUCAACAUAUGGGAGAACUGUCACACUGGCAAUCUCUCGCAGGAUAUCUUCUCUAUGAUCACUCUCAAAUCACAGAUUCGCCUCCGCAGGAUGAGGUCAGCAACGUGCGGCAGUUUUUCGCAUUGGAAGAGGGCCAAGAUAGUAUUUUACUUGAAGUGUUGGUUUGCGCCGUCAAGCUCCGAAUUUUAGAGAUUGCCCGAUCAGACAUAAACAAACGCGGACAAAAAAUCAAGUCAUUAACUGACAAGAUUCCAGAGAUGCAAGAAGAGACUGCUCACAAUCUUACUCAAAUCAUCCCACGCCUGUUAAACAAAUUUGGUGCCAUACCAGAAGCGGCUUCAGCAGUCCUCCGUCUAGAACAUCUCGUCGAUUUAGAUAAAGUUCAGAAUCUGCAAAAGAACACAACAGCCUAUACAUCACUUCUCAAUGACAUUAAUAGGCAGUUUUUGACACAUUCUGACCAAGAUGUUCUUGCCGAAGCUAGUGUAGCUUUCCUGCACGCUCGAAGCUCGGAUGAGAUGAAGGAAGCGAUGGAAGGCAAAGUCCAGGAACUAUGGGACGACAUGAUUGACACAGUUGGUGCAAUCGCUCAAAACAAGGACGUUCAAGCAGGGUCGUCACUUCCUAAAAGUGUCCUGGUCGAAAUUGCCAAUUCCGUUACUAGGAUAUCCAAUCUAGCAAGUAUUGUAGAUUGCACUGGCAUCAUUGAAACGGCUCCCGUUGCUGCAGUCAAGAAACGCAAGCAAAGCUCGGAAGCUCCAUUCAACACGCUUAUUCACUUUGUGAAACGCGGUCUUCGUGAUGAGGAGGGUGAUGAGGAGUUGCGAAGCUUAGAGACAGAGUUGAUCAGCAACAGCAUUAAGACACUGCUCUUUUACUUUAUGUGGAAAGUGCAGGCCUUAACCACCGCAGUCAAGUCUGGAAGCGCCAAGUUCAACACUGCAUAUUUUGAGACGUUGGCGAAGAGUCGGAAUGUCUUUGCUGCGACCUUGACAGCCGUCAUGCAACAGAGAAAGAUACUAGAUGACAUUCGAUACUCUGCAGUGACAACGUUCCUAGAUCUACAGACUCUUUUCGGCACAUUGCGCAAUAUCGGAAUGCAUAUUCAGGGUGGUCUAGAGAACGUCGAUGAGGAUAUUCUCUUCCAAGUCCAAGGGCUAGCGCAAGAGAUAACGCCCUCGACACAAGUCACCAUUUCCAGGUUUCAUGACAUGGCUGAGCGAGCUUUAGCUAAGAGAAUGAAGAAGGAAAUUCGUUCAUCUGCUGAUGAUGAUGCUCCAUUAGAGUCAGCUCAGGAUCUGAAAGACCUGCCCUCUGACGAUGAGGAGGAAAACGAAGAGCAAGAUGAAGAUGGUAUGGAAGACGAAGCCAUUGCUACCGAACGUCUCCGCACCACAAUCAUCGCUGAACAAAGAUUGUGCGAGAUUACCGGCAAGAUUGUCCUAGCAAUCAUCGGCCGCGUUAUAGACAAUUCUGGACCACAUCGUGGCAAACUCAAGCAGAAAUUACUGGUUAAUAAAGCCCUGCUAGGUCACAAUUACAAAGAAGUCAUUAGGUUCCUGGAAGAUCGCAAGGCACGACCCGCUGCUAACGGCAGUAGUCGGUCGAAGGAUAGACAAGACGCUGCAGAUACCGAUAAAGCCGUUCAACUCGAUUUAUCAAAGAACAAUGAACAAGUUGAACUAGAAGACGAUCCAAUCGAAGAUGAAGAAGAUGCCAACCCGGCUGUUGAAGAAGAUGAAGACGAAGAUCUCCGUGCUAGGGAUCUGGUCGAAGAGCACAUUGACGAUGACAACGACGAGGAAGACGGAUCAGAGCAAGAACAGAACGGGAUUGGAGGAGACGAAGAUGAGGAUGAAAUAAUGGGUGACUAG